UUGAGAGGAUGCUGAAAGGAAGAAGAAACGAAUUCUUUGACUGGCACUGAAGGAGGGGGGGGGUAUUUUUCCCCCACAUUUUUUAGGUUUUUUCAUUAUACUUUUUCUCUAGGAAAUCAUUAACUGGGGGGGGGGUUGGUUUCUUUUUUCCCUCCCCCCCUUUUUUUGGAGGGGGAUUUCAGAAGAUCCAUCUUUCUUUCCCCUCCCCUCCAAAGAUUUUUUUUUUCAUCCUUCGUCUUUGUGGAAAUGUGGACAUUUCAGGCAGACAGAUUGAGUGGAAUUGUCUCUGCUUUAGCAGCUCUUUGUCUCGCCUGCUGUGCGCAAAGCCCAUCCACCGGAAAUAUUUCUGUGGUGAAAGAGAUUGUGGACAAACUGCUGAAGGGCUACGAUGUCCGCCUCAGGCCUGACUUUGGAGGUAACCCUGUCACAGUGGGAAUGAGCAUCCACAUCUCCAGCAUUGACCAGAUCUCUGAAGUCAACAUGGACUACACCAUCACCAUGUACUUCCAGCAGAGCUGGCGGGACAAACGCCUGGCGUACAACGACCUUCCUCUCAACCUGACCCUAGACAACCGGGUGGCUGACCAGCUGUGGCUGCCUGACACCUACUUCCUGAACGACAAGAAGUCCUUUCUGCACGGGGUGACAGUGAAGAACCGCAUGAUUCGCCUCCAUCCCGACGGCACUGUCCUGUACGGCCUGAGGAUCACCACCACGGCCGCCUGCAUGAUGGACCUGCGGAGGUACCCCCUGGACCAGCAGAACUGCACGCUGGAGAUCGAGAGCUAUGGUUACACGGUUGAUGACAUUGUCUUCUUCUGGCAAGGAAAUGAUUCUGCUGUCACGGGGAUGGAGGUGCUCGAGCUGCCCCAGUUCACCAUCAUUGAGCAGAGGCUGGUCAGCAGGGAAGUGGUCUUCACCACUGGUUCGUAUCUGCGCCUGUCCUUGAGUUUUCGGAUUAAGAGGAACAUUGGUUACUUCAUCCUGCAGACUUACAUGCCAUCUAUUCUCAUCACCAUCCUGUCCUGGGUCUCCUUCUGGAUCAAUUAUGAUGCUUCUGCUGCACGAGUGGCACUGGGGGUCACCACGGUGCUUACAAUGACCACCAUCAACACCCACCUGCGGGAGACUCUCCCCAAGAUCCCUUACGUGAAGGCUAUCGACGUUUAUCUCAUGGGCUGCUUCGUCUUUGUGUUCCUGGCACUCCUGGAAUACGCUUUUGUCAACUACAUAUUCUUCGGGCGAGGGCCCCGGCAGCAGAAGAAGCAGAGUGAGCGGAUCAGCAAGGCCAACAACGAGCGCCACCGCUACGAGGAGAAGAGGGUGAGAGAGCAGGUUGACCCUUACGGCAACAUCCUCCUCAGCACUCUGGAGAUGAACAAUGAGCUGCUGGCCACGGACAUGAUGAGCAGCGUUGGCGACUCUCGAAACUCUGUCAUGUCCUUUGAAGGCUCAGGAAUCCAGUUCCGGAAACCUCUGGCCUCUCGGGAUGGAUUUGGCCACCACCCGACCCUGGACCGCCACGUCCCGCUGAGCCACCACGCCGCGGCGCGCAACCGCGCCAACUGCCGCCUGCGCCGGCGGUCGUCCAAGCUGAAGCUCAAAAUCCCCGACCUGACAGACGUCAGCACCAUUGACAAGUGGUCACGAAUCAUUUUUCCAAUCACUUUUGGAUUCUUCAACCUUGUUUACUGGUUGUACUAUGUAAAUUGAUGCCUGCGGCCUCCGAGAGAGAGAUAGGGACAGACACUCAGACAAUGACAACACAGGAGUGUUGUGGUCUUUUGGGUUUGGGUUUUACUCUUUACUAUCAUUGUCAUUUAUUCCUCUGGUUCAUUAGAUUUAUUCUAAGCUUACUCUUCUCUUUUCAGCACACGUAGAACCACAGAGUGUGGGGCGGGGUGAGGGAGAGAAGGGUAUGGGAGGGGGUGUGGUUUCAGGGAGGGAUGUGUUUGUCUUGAUUUUGGUUUCCUGCUGAAGGACUUAAACCAUUGUAAAAAAAUCAACAAAAACACCAAAACCCAAAAAAAAAAAAAAAAAAAAAGGGAAAGAAAAAAAAAAAGAUAAAAAGACAGAAAAAAAAAAAAAAGAAAAAAAAAACCAACACAAGAAACCCCCAAAACCAAGAAAAGUUUUUUAAAAAAGAGGGGGGAGAUUUAAAGAAAUUGAGUCAAAAACUGGUGGGGGUGAUAGGUUAUCUUUGGCUGUGCUCACUAAUGUGCUAUCCUCACUUCCAUUUCACUACUGAACUUCAUCUUUCACUUUUCAGUUUUAUUAUAUUUUUAAUAUUUCUGUCACUGCUCUUAACCCCUUCAUGUUUAUUCUCUCAUGGAUUCAUGAGGUGAUGGGGUUUCAUUCUCAUGCUUAGGAGAUUUUUCUUUUCUUUUCCUCUCUCCCUCUCUCUUGCUUACGAGCCUGAAAGAAUCUUUUAAACCGACAAAUAAAAAGAAUAUUUAUUUUGGAA